AUGACUCUCAGCCCACCGCCUGUCAAUCACACAGAGUCAUGUGACCCCGAGAGGAGGGAAACCAGGCCUCUUAAGAGCAGCAGCCACAGGACCAGCAGCUCAGACCCAGAGCCAGCGCCAGGACCAGCAGAAGACAUCCCAAGACCGGAACUCAGUAUGCAGCGCGCACGUUGUCCCGUCAUCCUGGUUCUUGCAGCCCUGGCUCUGUGCAGUCUGGGAGUCUCCUCUCAGGCUGACAGAGAGGAGGACCAGUACCAGAACCAGGACCUGGACCUGGAGCUGCGGCGCCACCGGUUGCUGCAGCGAGCUCGCAGCGCCGGACUCCUGUCGCAGGAGUGGAGCAAGCGGGCGGUGGAGGACCUGCUGGCUCAGAUGUCCAGACCAGAGGUCGAGGCCCAGCAGGCUGACAUGGUCUCCAUGGCAACUGAAGGGAGGAUGAACCUGGAGCGGUCCGUAGACCCCCCAAACAACGUCCAACAGCGCGACCGCAAAGCUGGCUGCAAGAACUUCUACUGGAAAGGCUUCACUUCCUGUUGAAGCCCUGAGCAGUUGAACUGAUCAAUCACCUGGAUGGGCCUCUGGGCGGACCAGUCAGCAGCUCACCUGAAUAAUUAAUGUAAUUUACCAAUAAAGAGAAAAA